AUGGGGAACCAGAAGAACGGCGUGAAGGAGUCCAGAAGCACAGAAGCUGAGAAGAAGAAGAUAGAGUCGGUUCUGUUUCUAGGGAGUGGGUGGUUUGAAGGCUUCAACUGGGACGGCCUCCGCAGGGUGACUUGGUGUCCCCUUCACGCCACGGGGGUGUCCCCAGUCCCUCACAGUCUUCUCACACUACAUCGCCUGCAUGUGAGGGUUUUUAAACGGGUAAACCGGCUCAAUCCUGCCUCCGAUAUUUCAUAUCAACGUAAAAAGCAACUUGGCCGGGCAUUGGAAACAGCAACUUUGACUAUUCCAGAGGAGCAGACGACCUCUCCUGAUGAAGAGUCGGCUGGGACCUGGAGUUUAGGAUCGUGGAACAACCCCGUCUCACCCCAACGCGUCAAUACAGGCCCCUCUGAUGUGGCCAGAUGUUUGAGUGGAGCGGUCUCCGUGGGCUGUGGGUUCUUCUCCUGUCUGGAGAACUCCACCUGCGACACCGACGGGAUGCACGAGCUCUGUGAACUCUUCCUGCACUCCGCCGCUAGCUUCAACACAGAGGUGAGUCUGACCGUCUCUCACCGAAAAUGGUCUUCACUGCAUACUCUCAGGGAAUGCCGUCAACCACCGGGGUUUUCCAACUACCGCCGCUGCACAUCUAUCCCGAUGAUGAUCGCAGAUGUCCAAGAAGAGUGUUACUCCAGUCUGGACAUCUGUACGUGGCUCGAACCAAGCCCGACGACCAUCGGAGAGUGGUGUCAGGUUCCCACGCACUUCCCCAACAGGUACUACAGCACCCUGCUGCAGGCGCUGCAGGCGUGCGACGAGCAGACGGUGGCGGCUGUGAAGACGGGCGUCAUGGCGAGGCUGGGCCCCGACAUGGAGACCUUCCUCCAGCUGGUGCAGAACAAGCCGUGCGCCAGCGACGCCGCCUCGGCCGCCUACAGCAACCCGUCCAGCUGGAGGAACAUGCCCGUGUUCAACGUCCAGCCGGGCUUCAAAAGCAGAGACCCCACCCACCUGUUCGCCAGGAAGCGCUCCGUGGACGACACAGAGGGGCGGCGUUAAAGCCGGGCAGUAUCUCGC